AAAAUUUGAUGUGAUUGGGGUAAGGUAACAAAUGCUUCUAAAUAGCUCUAAAACAAGGUUUCAGUUAGAGAAGUUUUAUUUUAUGUUUGUCUACAUGUUCGUUAGUGAUGUGACCGUUCUGUUCUACACUAUCACUAUGAGACAUGACCGCUGAGGGUGAAAGGUUAACGAGGAUUACAAAUCGCUAAUUAUAUGCCCCCUACUAACAAUAUUCAUGUGUUAUGGAGUGGUGGAAUGGAUAACGUAGAGUUCUAAGUAAGGAAGAAAUUUCGCUCAGUCACGUUUCACACCAUCGAUGAAGGUUGGUUGGAACUCGUGUUGAGAUGCUUUAAGGAAUGUUUCAGAAGCCAUUACAAUGAUAGAAGUACACUUACUUUACGCUCCUAACUUUUAAAUUUUCAAAGUCUUUUCACGGUCCACUUAGUUUUCUUCUGUAAACACUCUAAUAUCGCCUUUAUUUACUUUUUCUUCCCGUCUGCACGUCUUUAUAUUUUUAAUCUCAAUAGAUUUUUAUACUGAUACCAUAGUAAAAUUUGGGGGUCCAAGGGUAGCAACCCCACCCUGUAAACAAAAUUGCUACAGAAACUUCAGCACAAUGAACCUCUUUGCACCAAAAGAAAAAGUCUGUGUGGGGACAUGGAACGUCCGAACUAUGUACGAGACAGGGAAAGCUGCCCAGAUCGCCAACGAGAUGAAAAGAUACGGAAUACAAGUGCUGGGAAUAUGUGAAAGUAAAUGGAAUGGGAGUGGACUCACCAAAUUGUCAACGGGUGAGUCAGUGAUCUACUCCGGUCACCCAGAAGAUAACCACACGCACACCGAGGGCGUGGCUAUCAUGAUGUCACCAACGGCAACGAAAGCCCUGAUACAAUGGGAGGCGAUUUCGUCCAGGAUAAUGACCGCCAGAUUCAACUCCAAAGGAAGGAAAGUGUCAAUCAUACAAUGUUAUGCACCCACAAACAACGCAGACCUCGAAACGAAAGAAGAAUUCUACAGGCAACAAUGGACAAUACUCCAGCUGGCGACAUGAAAAUACUAAUGGGAGACAUGAACGCCAAACUGGGACCAGACAACACAGGAAGGGAACUCAUCAUGGGUAGAGAAGCUCUCGGAGAAAUGAAUGAAAACGGAGAACUCUUCGCCGACUUCUGCGCCUUCAACGAACUAGUGAUUGGUGGCAGUGUAUACAAGCACAAAGAUAUCCACAAGGCUACAUGGGUGUCACCAGACGGGCAAACCAAAAACCAAAUCGACUUCAUCUCAAUCUCAAGGAAGUGGAGGCGCAGCCUACUGGACACAAAAGCAAGAAGAGGAGCAGACGUUGGCUCAGACCACUAUCUCGUACAAGGGACAAUCCAAAUCAAAUUAAAAGCUUUCAGGGAAUCAGGAGCUGCAGAUAGACCACAAGCCAAGUUCAACACUCAAAAGCUGAAGGACCAGGCUACAAAGGACAUCUUCAUUGCAAGCAUAAAGGACAAAGCCGAGACACAAAUCAACACUAGCGAAGAGGUCGGCGUUGAAAAGCACUGGAACAACUUGAAAACGGUGUGGAGCCAAACCUGCAUAGAAAUUCUAGGCAGAAAAAAGAGACAGGACAAACAGUGGCUCACUACGGACACUUGGAAACUAAUAGAAGAGAGAAGGACAGUGAAACAAAAGAUUAUCCAGUGCACGACGAGCAACAAAAACAGGAGCUGAAUGCAAGCUACAAUACACUGAACAAAAGAGUGAAGAAGAGUGCCAGGGAAGACAAAAGAAAAUAUUAUGAAACCAUGGCAAACGAAGCAGAACAAGCUGCAGGCAAAGGAGACCUCGCCACACUCUACCAAACAACUAGGCACCUAUCAGGGAAAAGUUCAACACAAAUUAAACCAGUGAAGAGCGACAAUGGAAAGUCAAUCACCAAAGAGGUGGAGCGAAGGAAACACUGGGCUAAACACUUUAAAAGAUUUCUAAAUCUGCCACCACCUACAACGCGCCCAAUAAUACCAACAGCAGAAGUAGAAUUACCACUGGAUACCAAUUUUCCAAAGAAAGCAAAAGUCAUGAAGGCUAUAAUAAUGCUACAAACUAGAAAAGCAGCAAGACCUUGCAUAAGCAUUGAAAAUGGAUCCAGAGACAUCAGGAGACUUGAUGACACUA